AUGACCACCUACAAACCAGAAGAUUUUAACCUUCCCAAAAUUAAUCUUGACCAAUAUCAACUAUGCAUAUCGGGACUAGCAGAUUCAUUUCUCGGCAUUGUAAACGGCUUACAUCCGGAUGAAGAUGCUCUCAAAAGAAUCUUAGAUAUCUUUCCUAACUUACUCGAGGGUUUCGCACUCAGAAUUGGCCAUAAAGCGCCAAGCCUUAUGCACAGCAAUAUUUUGAAUUUUGUUUUCAACAAUCGCCAUCAAAUUUCUACAUCUUUCAAAGUAAGAUAUUUUGAGCUUGGGAACUUUCAAGAGAAAUUUGUUCCCAGAUCCGAUGAUGUGUCAAUUAAUGAUACUGUUGGAGCCUGGUUGGGUAAUUUAGAUCUCAGCCAAGCUCAAUCAGAGGCAAAUACGAGUAAUUUAUCGAAACACGGUCAGCAAAAUAAUAGCGAUUCGGCAAACGCUACCAUAGAUUCGUGGUUCGCCGCCUACCAUGAGCUUAUCCCCAAAACAGAGGGUUAUAAGUGGCUUCUCAGUCGCCUAGAGAAAGAACUUCACAUGGCUCCAGCGAAGCCGAGUUUUAUGGAUACAAUUAAGAAUUUAAUUACACAGUCUCUACAGUCACUGCUCCAAAUUGGCAAUCACAGACUUACUACCACUUAUGAGGCCAUGUUCGAAGUUGACUGGGAUAUCAUGGCGUUUCUAGUGCAACAACAGUAUACUAUCGAGCCAGAAGAACCAAUAGAAAGAAUAAUUACAGUGACCGGAUCCUACCAGGAUUCGUACGUAACAACAUGUGGCCAAUACAUUAAUCAGACAUGGCCAUCGUCUGGAAAUAUCAUGAUGAAGCUGGUAAAUGAUAUGAUAAGCAGCAGGAUUAAGUAUAAAUCCACGAGCGAUCCAUCCACAGGAACAAUACUUAAUGCAAGAAUUGAUGGAGGGAAAUUCAUAGUUACAGCUCGCGGGCCUAAGACUUCUGUUGUUGAAGUUGGGGAACAACUUGCUUGGCUCGGCGCGGCGCUUCGCACACCUCCAAACGGUCAGGGUCUUGCUCACUGCAGCCCAUCCAUCAGCUGUCUUGGUGUUAGUGAGAAGCCGUCACUAUCUCCUGUUUCCAGGAAUUAUAUUGUCAAGUUCAAAAUAAUUUUUGUGGACGAGAUCGAGCAAGAUCCUAGCAGAUUGAACGGCAUGUGCUGGUACAACCUAUUCAAAAGUCCAAUGGUAGUUAAAGGAUAUCCAAUUCCAGCAAGAGUUGAAGCAGGCACCGGGGCUGAGAUGCCAUUGAACAUAAUGGCGGGUCUAGCUCGAACUCAGCGAGUGGAUUGCUUUAAAGGAAUGACCUUUAUCAAAAGCUUUUCUAUUCUCUUAGUUCCAACAAAGAGAAGUGGAGACAUGAUAUUUUGGCACUUGGUUUACAAUAAAGAUGGGCGCCGUAUAUCAUAUCUCGAUAGCAUCAUAACCAUCCUGGGAUAUGCCAAAAAUCUCGACUUAGAACAAUGUCGGCAUGUCCUCGGUUGGUGCGAAGAUGCCGACUUUUACGCUGGUUCAGCACAAGCAAACUAUUUUAUCCUCAAUUCCGCGCUUCCUGCGCCCCAUGAAGGCUGCAGUCUUGCCAGUACUUACGUAUCUCCUGGGCGAUGCAUAGUUGGUGGUCCUGCAUUCAGUCUUGGGGUUAAAGACACUCCUGCCCAUGUGUCUCGUACCGGCUAUAUUCCGAGACUUCAAUGGAUUGCUACAAAAUUUGUGCUGCUAUGGGACGAGAGCGAGAAACGUGGUUGGCUUGUCAAUGGAACAAGUGCCUUGCUGCAUAUAGUAAGAGCAUCGUUGGCGUACAACAACACAGAUAAGUUUAACUUUGCUUUCAUCUUCAGGGAAAGUAGUUUUCAAGAAUCGGCAACGCCAUUCACGGCUGACUCGGCUAUUGAUAUGCUCAUUAACCCGAAAAACUUGGCGCUUAAACUGUACCGCGAGAAAGACGGUUAUCUGUUGUUAGAGAGCAGAAUUGAAUCUGUUUAUAAUAUUCUAGAGAAGCUCAUCGAUCAUCAAGCAGAUAUUGCUGGCGAGCGUGGCGUUAAUAUGACUGAUAAACCACGUCGAUAUCUUGAAGGUUGGGAAUUCAACGACCUGGCAAUGAGCCGCGAUCCACUUUACCCACGAGUGGCUUCUCUAGAGGCACGCGGGAAGAGUUGGGUUGAUUUCACCAGAGCUAUACAUGCCGUUACUCUGUUUGGGCGCGGAUUUGGCGACAUGAUCAAAUCACACGGUGUCAAUAUAUGCGAAUACUGGGCUGACAUGCCAAAACAAAAAUAUUACGUCGCAGCUUGCCUUUCCGAUUUGAGCCAACUGGUAAAAGAUAAUCACGUUCAUACAGAUAGUCAGGUAAGAGUUAGCCAGGAUAUUAUAUGGCACACGCCGACGAGUCUGUUUGGAACCUGUCGGUGCAAAGGAAUACUUGGACAAGAUCACAGCGACCCAGUACAAUCCUUACUCCCGUCGGCUAUGUCCAAGAUUUUGCUCCCCAGGAAGCUUGCCGUUCCUACGAAAAGCCGUGGAGCCAUCAUAUUUGGACACAAUCCUAACUUUCCUUGGAUUUAUGAAGACAGUGGUCAUCCGAAUGAGGGGAAACUGCCGCCGCCUAACGUGUCUGAUGUAGAUUCUCUCAAAGACAGUGGCAUCGAAGUUGAUAUGGACUCGCCAAAAACAGGAAUUACUCAGCCAAGCGCCCAAAUAUUAAUUGAAUCUUCAGCCAAUAGACAAGUUGAGGUGUCUUUGCCGGAGUCUGCCUCUUUACCGAGCAGCGACGCACACUCCCAGGAAGAAUACACAGUUGGAAUACUUUGCGCAUUGCCCAAGGAGCUUUUGGCCGUGCGAGCCCUUUUCGAUAAAAAACAUGACAACCUUGAAAGUUUAUUCGGAGAUACCAACCACUACGCCUUGGGGCAGAUGGGAAAACACAUGAUUGUUGCUUCUUGUCUCCCAGAAUACGGAACAACCUCGGCAGCUGAUUCUGCCUCAAACAUGAGGAGAAGCUUCCCAAACAUAAGAUUCUGUUUAAUGGUCGGCAUAGGAGGCGGUGCACCCUCUCUCGAGAACGAUAUUCGGCUCGGAGAUGUAGUUGUGAGCCUACCGACGGCUGGCUACCCGGGCGUAGUUCAAUACGACCGCGGCAAAGAAAAAGAUGACAACGUAUUCGAGCUGACUGGAUCCCUUCCACCGCCUCCUCGGUCCUUGAUGACUGCUAUAAGUUCUUUACGAUCCGAUCCGGAUCUUCCCUCUUAUCCUUUGCAACCAUAUCUCGAUGAGAUAACAAGCCGAGUCCCCGAAUCCAUAAGAUCGAGAUAUCAGCACCCGGGGAAAGAACACGACCAGCUCUUCAAAGUCGCAUGCUCAAAGUGCCAAUUGCAACAAGAAUGCGCCGACAGCGAUAGCCACGUCACACAGAGAAGUUUGCGGCUGACAGAUCACCCAGAAAUCCACUACGGGCUCAUCGCCUCUGGAAACCACGUAAUUAAAAACUCCCAGACCCGUGAUAAGUGGGCACAAGAACACGGCGUUUUGUGCUUCGAGAUGGAAGCUGCAGGCAUAAUGAGCAUAUUCCCAUCCCUUGUUAUUCGGGGAAUCUGUGACUAUGCGGAUGCAUUCAAGAAUAAAUUGUGGCAAGAAUAUGCCGCGGCCACAGCGGCUGCGUAUGCGAAGCUGCUCUUGAGCGUCGUCGCUGCUCCUGAUCAAAUCUAUGAUGCGCGAGGCUUGGCUCGAAGGAGAAACUCGGGACAUGAGAGACCAGAUGAGCUGCAUAAUAAGCGGCGGAGACUUGAGUGA